UUUAUAACAGUUUGAUUUAAAUGUUUAACGGUCAUUCUCAUUUUCUUCAACCUAUUUCAUUUGUCAAAUCAAAUCUGUUAAUUAUUCCAAGUUGUGAUUCAUAAUGUCCCAGUUUAGAUUUGCCAACGAAAUGAACAGUUUAUUAACUCUUGACGGUCCCCUGACGAAGGGCCCUGUUCCUAGAUGGCAGAAAAAAGGUGCCGAAAAUUCAUCCAUCGUUAACUGCUCCUUAAACUCAUCCAAACAAAAAUCGAUUUCAUCUUUAAAUGCAAGCACUAAAACGCCUAGCAAAUGUGGCGAUGGGGACGUGUUACGGAUAAAAAAAACUCCUGCGAAAACCCCUAAGGCGGGCCGAUCAGGUAGUCCAACGCCAAAUAAAGCCUCUAAAACACCUGGUGGAGGUGAUCGUUUUAUUCCCUCACGGAGUGCAACAAAUUUUGAACUAGGUAAUUUUAAAUUAUUUCAAACUUCAGAGACGGAAAGUUUAAGCCCUACUAAUGAAAUUCAACGUGCAAUGUAUGAAAAUUUACACGGAGGUGAUAUAAAUAAUCAGCGAAUACUCUCAUAUCAAAACAAAGCCCCAGCCGCACCAGAAGGGUUUCAAAAUCCUAUGCGUGUUAUUUACACACAAACAAGAACACCUGCCUCGUCCAAAAGCAAUAAUCGUUACAUUCCACAAGCGCCAGAUCGUAUUUUAGAUGCUCCAGAUAUAAUAGACGAUUAUUAUUUAAAUCUUGUUGAUUGGAAUGCAAGUAAUAUGCUUGCUGUAGCCUUAGGACCGUCAAUAUAUUUAUGGAAUGCUGGUACGGGAAAGAUUCAUCAACUCUUAGAAAUGACGGGUAAUGACUAUGUUUGUUCUGUCGCUUGGAUUCAAGAAGGUGACCAUUUGGCUGUGGGAACAUGUACGGGUACGGUAGAAUUAUGGGAUUGUUCCCAAAUUAAAAGACUGAGAAUCAUGGAUGGUCACUCAGCACGAGUCGGCUCGUUAGCAUGGAAUUCCUACAUCCUCAGCAGUGGAUGUCGAAGUGGGCAGAUUAUACAUCAUGAUGUCCGUCAAAGGGACCAUAAUGUAUUGACCGUUGGUAAUCACACACAAGAAAUAUGUGGAUUAAAGUGGUCAACGGAUGGAAAAUAUUUGGCAAGUGGAGGAAAUGAUAAUGUUUUGAAUAUUUGGUCAACUGCGGGUGGCAAUCGUUAUUCACAACCACAACCAUUGUACACUUUAACAGCCCAUCAAGCAGCUGUGAAAGCAUUGGCCUGGUGCCCUUGGCAGCCUCACAUAUUGGCUAGCGGUGGUGGAACUGCAGAUAGACACAUUCGGUUCUGGAACUGUCAGACGGGAGUCUGUGUGAAUUCAAUAGAUACAAAAUCACAGGUAUGCUCACUUCUGUGGUCAAGUAACUAUAAAGAAAUUGCAUCUGGACAUGGAUUCGCAAAUAACCAAGUUAUCAUAUGGAAAUAUCCCUCGAUGGUAAAAGCAGCCGAAUUAACAGGACAUACUGCACGAGUAUUGCACUUGGCCAUUUCUCCCGAUGGAAGUACAAUACUGUCAGCAGGUGCAGAUGAAACUUUAAGACUAUGGAAAUGUUUUGUAAAAAAUCCAGUCAAAAGCAAGGAAGGAGUGCAAGCGAAAGUAAAAACUAGUUUACUGAAACAAAGUAUUCGAUAGACAAUUGACGUAAUAUUAGUAUGACUUGCUUAUUAAGUUUUACUUAAAUAUGAAGUGUGUUUCCUGACGUUGUCAUGUACUUUAAUUACCUACUGUAUUUAUUAUUAAUUAAAAGAAUUUGCCAAUUUAACCUC